AUGUCGAAGCGCGAGUUACACCUCCAGCCGCGCAUGGUCAAGAAGGGCCCCUUCUCCGUCGAGGCUUCGGGUUACGAACCCGUCGCCGGCGAGACCAUUCCCCGCCGACACCCGUUAGCCAAGGAUGGCCUCAUUUUGCGCCCUUCAGAGGAUGUUGCGACCACCUACGACAACUUCCGCCGCUCCGCUCGCCUGUUCGGUAACAACAAGGCCGUCGCCUCCCGUAAGGUGAUCAAGACCCACGUCGAGAACAAGAAGGUCAAGAAGAUCGUCGAUGGACAGGAGACCGAGGUGGACAAGCAAUGGACCUACUUCGAGCUGAGUGGAUACACCUACAUGUCGUUCCUCGAGUAUGAGAAGCUCUGUCUGGAGCUGGGAGCUGGUCUGCGCAAGCUUGGCCUCGAGAAGGACAGCCGCAUCCACCUCUACGGAGCUACAAGUGCGCACUGGCUGGCCAUGUCGCACGGUGCUGCCUCUCAAUCAGUGACCAUCGUCACUGCCUAUGAUACCCUGGGUGAGGAAGGCCUGGCGCAUUCGCUCAAGCAAACUGCCUCCGACGCUAUCUUCCUGGACCCUGGCCUGCUCAAGUCCCUCCUUAGCGUCCUGAAGGACCUCCCGUCAAUCAAGCACAUCAUCUACAACACCGACACCGAGGUGAAGCAGGAGGAUUUGGACAAGCUGAAGAGCGACUUUAGUCACAUCUCGGUGCAGAGCAUUGAGGAACUGCGCAAGUCCGGCGAGGAGAACCCCGUGGAUCCUGUACCCCCCAAGCCCGAGGAUCUUUGCUGCAUUAUGUACACUUCCGGCUCUACAGGUCCGCCCAAGGGUGUUUCUUUGACUCACGCCAAUGUUAUUGCUGCCACCGCUGGUGUCAACGCUAUUGUCGGGCCCUGCAUUACUCACACAGACUCCCUGCUUACAUACCUUCCCCAAGCGCACAUUCUGGAGUUCAUGUUUGAGAACCUCUGCUUGUUCUGGGGUGGUGCCAUGGGAUACGGUAACCCUCGCACACUGUCCGAUACCUCGGUGCGGAACUGCAAGGGUGAUAUUCGCGAGUUCAAGCCCACUGUCCUGGUUGGUGUGCCGGCUGUCUGGGAGACCGUGAAGAAGGGUGUCUUGAACAACCUCAACAAGACCAGCUUUAUUGUUAAGGGUAUGUUCUGGGGUGCUUUUGCUGCCAAGAGCUUCCUCUUGAACAACGGUUUCCCCGGUGCCAGCUAUGGUGCAGGCAUCCUUGAUGCGAUUGUCUUCAAGAAGCUCAAGGAGGCUACCGGUGGUCGCCUUCGUAUCAUGAUGAACGGUGGUGGUCCCAUCUCCAAGGAUACCCAGAAAUUCCUGUCUAUGGCCAUCGCGCCUAUGAUCAGCGGUUACGGUUUGACUGAGACCUCCGCCAUGGGUGCUCUGAAUGACCCUCUGGCCUGGAACCCCGAGGCUCUGGGUGAGGUGCCUGCAUCUGUGGAAAUCAAGUUGGUCGACUUCCCCGAUGCUGGAUACUUUGCCAAGAACAAUCCUCCUCAGGGAGAGAUCUUCAUCCGUGGUGGCAGUGUGACCUCCGGCUACUUUGACAACGAGGAGGAGACCAAGGCUGCCCUGACUGAGGAUGGUUGGUUCAUGACCGGUGACAUUGGCGAGUUCGACCACAACGGCCACCUGAACAUUAUUGAUCGCAAGAAGAACUUGGUCAAGACCCAGAACGGCGAGUACAUUGCCCUUGAGAAGCUGGAGUCUGUCUAUCGCUCGUGCCCUGUGGUUGGCAACAUCUGUGUCUACGCCGCCGAGGACCAGGACAAGCCGAUCGCCAUCAUUGUCCCCGUAGAGGUUGCGCUGAAGAAGAUUGCCAGCGACAACGGUAUCCAGGGUGACAGCCUAGAGACCCUCGUCCACGACGAGAAGCUCCAGCGUCUUGUCCUGCAGCAGCUGCAGAACAGCGGCCGGGCCGGUGGUUUGAGGGGUAUUGAGAUUAUCAACGGUGUUGUGCUGUCCGACGAGGAGUGGACUCCCCACAACGGCUUCAUGACUGCUGCCCAGAAACUGCAGCGCAAGAAGAUCGUCGAACACUACAAAACCCAGAUCAACAAGGCCUACGGCAAGAAAUAA